AUCCGCAAGCGACUUCUGAUCGAUGGCGAUGGUGCUGGUGACGACAGGCGGAUCAAUUUGUUGGUGAAGAGUUUCAUUAAGUGGUGCAAUUCCGGAUCUCAAGAGGAAGGUUACAGCCAGUACCAACGAAUGCUGAGCACUCUGUCACAGUGUGAAUUUUCAAUGGGAAAAACUCUUCUGGUGUAUGAUAUGAACCUGAGAGAAAUGGAGAAUUAUGAAAAAAUCUAUAAGGAUAUAGAAAACAGCAUAGCUGCAGCACAUGAGAAGAUUUCUGAGUGCAAAAAACAAAUCCUGCAAGCAAAAAGGAUUCGAAAAAAUCGCCAGGAAUACGAUGCAUUGGCCAAAGUUAUUCAGCACCAUCCAGACAGACAUGAAACACUGAAGCAGCUAGAAGCUUUGGGAAAAGAACUGCAACAUCUUUCUCACAUUAAAGAAAAUGUUGAAGAUAAGCUGGAGCUGAGAAGAAAGCAGUUUCAUGUUCUCCUGAGCACCAUCCAUGAACUUCAGCAAACCCUGGAAAAUGAUGAAAAACUUUCAGAAGCUGAAGAAUCUCAAGAAACUCAGAUGGAAACAGAGACCAAACAGUAGAUGUAAUAUGAAGACUACUGACUCUACUAAUGAAGAAUAUCGAGUGUCUUCACUUUGUAUUGAAACCAACAGUGAGAGAGAUGGAGCAAAAAAAUAGUUUUCUACUGCUUCUGUGAAUUUUUAUACAAAAAUACUUGUUUUGCUUAUACACUGGGGGAAAACAGUUGUGUCUGUGCAGACAGGCACUUCUGUGCUAGUUCACAAACUCUAAAUUGUUUUACAAAAGAUGAAGCUUCUGCACAGUACUUGUGAGCUAAGGUGUUUGCAAAACACAGUCAA